AUGGCGUCCUCACCGGCUGAGCGGCCAGCUGGACACGCUGAGCAGGUCUACAUCUCUGCUGCUUGCUCUCGGAAGAACGCCACAGCUGCCAGACCGCACGACGGGCUCGUCGCCUUCGCUUCCGGCCGUCUCAUCGCUCUCUGGAAAUCAGCGGAUGGGAACCAUGCGGGAGUGCACCGAACGCUUCCAGGGCACGGAGGAGACGUGACAGCCCUCAAGUUCGCUCGAAGUGAGGGAAAGAGCGAUUGCUUCGUGUCGGGGGAUGCUACUGGCAUUGCGAGGGUAUGGCUGGAACGGGAUGGAGAAUGGGUUCACCUCGCUACCUUGACGGGGCAUACCGGCUCAGUCUCAGCACUGGACGUCUUCCAGCUCGACUCGGACGGACAGAAGGCGUAUCUCGUCGUUACGGGAGGCUCGGAUUCGAUGCUGCGAGUCUGGACGGUCAACCAGUCUGGCGAAGCAAACUUGCGACAAACGGUUGGCCUGAAGGGCAAGAUCCCGCUCGAGCUCGCUCUAAUGCGUCUGCCUUCCUCGACGAGUCUCGUUCUUGCAGUCGGUGGUACCGAGACGCGGAUACAGCUGUAUACCUCGCGCGCAAUUGGCGCGGACAUCGAAUUCCGCAAGUCACUUUCGCUUGAAGGGCACACCGACUGGGUCCGCUGCCUCUCGUUCACCACUCCUAUACCUACCGACACACCCUCUUUCCCUUCCACCUCGACCGCCUACGACAUUGCGCCAGGCGAGAUCCUUCUCGCUUCAGGCUCGCAAGACAACUACAUCCGACUUUGGCGAUUGUCACGACGACCAGACGAGUUUUCGACGCCAUCUCCCGCUGCCGAGAAGACUGGUGACGGUCUUGACGCGCUCGAUGAGCUGGAGGAAGCGCUUGCCGCCGCAGGAGACGAAGAGCUGCGCGUCAAGGCGCACGACUUCUCCGUCGCGGGCGACGGCGAGUACAGUUGUACGAGUGAGGCGGUACUGCUCGGCCACGACGCGUGGGUGACAGGCUUGAACUGGGCGCCCCGACUCUCGCACUCUACGCCCGCACCUCUCCAGCUCCUCUCUGCGUCCGCCGACCGAUCUAUGAUCCUCUGGGAACCUCUCGCCUCCGGCUCCGUACUUCCCGUCAACCCUUCUCUCGGUUCUCACGCAACCACUUCAACCGCCUCCGCAACAGUCUGGACCUCCCUCCGCCGCUUCGGCGAGUUCACCUCCUCGACCAACCUCGGCUUCUUCGGUGCGCUGUGGGGUUACGACGGCAAGACUGUCCUGGCGAACGGAUGGGGAGGGAGUUGGCAUGUCUGGAAGCUGGAGGGUGCGGAGGGAAUGGAAGAUUGGGUGCCGCAGGUCGCCGUGAGCGGACAUCUCGGGACGGUCAAACAGGUUGUGUGGGAGGGAGAGGGAGAGUACCUGCUCAGCGCAAGCAACGAUAUGUCGGCUCGGCUAUACGCUCCUUGGCGACGACAAGCGAACGGGAAGAAGAUCGAGACGUGGCACGAACUCGGUCGACCGCAGAUCCACGGCUACCCUCUCGCUUCCGUCGCCUUCACCUCCUCCGCCAAGCGCCUGCAGUUCGUCAGCGGUGCCGACGAGAAGAUCGUACGAGUAUUCGAUGCGCCACGACUUUGGCUGCGAACGCUCAAGACGCUGAGCGGGCUGGACCUUGGAGACGAGGAGGAGCGACCGAUGGCUGCCAACGUGCCGCCUCUCGGCUUGUCGAACCGCGCAAUUGCAUCCCCCGCCGAGGCGGAGAAGCUUGCACCCGCUUCAAGCGAUCCGUUCGAAGAGGUCUUCCCUGUCAACUUCACCGUCAUGGAGCAUCCGCCUUUGGAGGAACAGCUUCUCGGAUCGACUUUGUGGCCCGAGGUCGAGAAGCUCUACGGUCACGCCUUCGAGCUCGUCUCCGUCGCUUCCGCCCAUUCCCUCCCCCUCAUCGCCUCCGCCUGCAAAGCGACCGCACCUGAACACGCCGUCAUCCGCCUCUUCAGCACCGAGACCUGGCAACCGGUCGGCGUCGUACUCGACGGUCAUGCUCUGACCAUCACGAAGCUCGCCUUCAGUUCGGGAAGCGAGGAUGUGCAAGAUAAGUGGCUGUUGAGCGUCAGUAGGGACAGGACCUUCCGGCUGUACGAGCGGGACGAUUCGCAAGGACUCGGCUUUUACCGUCCCGCCGGCGACGCCAAGCCGCACGCCCGCAUUAUCUGGGACGCCUGCUGGGCAUCCGACUCAUCCUUCUUCGCGACGGCCUCUCGUGACAAGACGGUCAAGGUUUGGGCCCACCGCGACGCGAGCUGGUCGUGCGCCGCGACUCUCAAGUUCGAGGAGGCGGCGACCUCGGUCGCUGCGACGUUCUUACCAGGCAGAGGGCUGCACUUGCUCGCCGUCGGCCUCGAGAACGGCCACAUUCACUGCUUCACCGCUGCUUCAGCGAGUCUCGACACCUGGACGCUCCUCUUACAGCUCAACUCGAGUGUUGCCCAUACCCUCGCGGUCACCACCUUGUCGUUCUCGCCCAAGCUUCCCUCGCCCUCCACCGCCCGUCUCGCUACAGGCUCGGAGGAUCACACUGUCCGCAUCUUCGAUAUCGCAGCAUAG